CAGGUUUCAUUAGGAGGGAUUCGGUAAGUGCCCGUUCCAUUCCAACACAAUUCCAUAACGGGAUUUCCUCCUCUGCCCCCUUGAGCGGCUAUCAUUACACUAGCAGAGCCAAAACAAGUCGGGAGGAGAAGGCAUGAAUACAAUGACUGCUGAAAUCAUAAAAGACAUCUCCCAGCCCGACUCACCUGUCUCCUCAGCACCAGAAAACGGACAGCUGCUGUUCAUCCGAAGCGUCGCGUCCAGGAGGGACACGCAGACUACCAGCGGCAGUGCCAACCUCGAGGAGGGCAGCUCCCAGCCCCUGGUCUCCUCCUCAGCCACAGCUCAGCCUCAGUCUUACACCAUGACAUCGGGCGAAUUCAUGCAGUCCACCCCUCUGUUCGUGCAGAGGUCUAGUAAGAACCUGUUUUACAAGAUCCUGUGUUUCCUCGUGCUCGUUCUCCAAGGAGGCAUGCUGGAUUUCUACCUCAUCAUCUUCACGGAUCUCUACUGGUGCUCGUGGAUCGCCACGGAUUUGGUGGUUAUAUCGGGGUGGGCGAUUUUCUUCAUGAAAAACGCCAGGAGCAAGCGGGAACGAGCGUGUGGCUUCCACCAGAAGAGCUCCAUCUUCGGAUGCAACCUCGGGGAGUUCACCUUCGCGUACCUGGCAUGGCUCAUCUACGUGAUCGCGUCCACCCCGAAAGUGGUGCUCGUUCUGGAAACGUCCAUCCUGGAUCUGAUCGCCCUGAAGGUGCCGUUCGGCAUCACGGGGUUCAAAAUAACCAUGCUGCUGUGCGCGCCUUUGCUUUACUGCCUCAUCAACUCCAUCAUUGAAGACCCCAACGGUGCCACACGCUUUCACUCCCAAGGCUGCUUCAUGAGCACCUGCUUAGACAUCCUGGACAGCUUCACGCUGGUGGAACUGCUCCUUAAAAACGAAAUCCCCAGCAUAUACCUUAGGUACACGGUUAUAUCCGUCUACUUCAUCGCGCUGGCCGUUCCGGUUGUUUGGCUUUACGAGUUGACGGCCUCGGAGAUGAACUGUCGCUGGGUAUGGGCGAGGUUCUUCACCGGCGUGCUGCUCAACGCACCGCUCUUGGUGGUCAGAUGUUUCCUCGUCUUUGUUUACAAAACACCCAUAUCGGUUUUCAUGUUCAAGAACAUCUUCUUCUUGGGGUGCAAGUGCCUGGAGCUGGUCGAACAGUGCAUGUCCUUAAGAGGUGUCCGGAGGUUUGCACGUGGGCGCGGGAGCAACCCAGCCCAGUUCUCCCACUGCGUUUCCGAAAACGACAUGUGUCCUCAUGGCUAUGUGAACACGCUGGCUGUCAAUACUCAGUCGUAGAUGCUCAUUAGGGACUGGCGUUGACCGGAGGCCACGUACUACACAGUGUGCAUCAGCCCUUUUGAGGGGAGGUACUACAGGUGCUUACAUCCCUUGUAAUCAAAAUUAAGAUUUAAAUACGCAAACCAGUUAAUAAAUACAUAAAUCAAAAAUGUAUUGUGACGAAAGUACGGAUUAUGAGGUGGUUUAAGUCAGAGCGCGGGAAAAACGCGCGGACGGAAGUAACCAUUGCACAGUACCGUCAGCUGCGAGCGUUAAAAAUUGACGAAACGUUUUGUAAUUUUUCGCGCUUUAUUUUAAAGUUACAAAAAACAGUAUUUUGUUUAUGUCUUAACUCCUAUUGAAGCACGUUUCCGCCACUGAAGGAACAUUUAAAAAGGUAAUUGCGACUUUUAUCUCGUAAUUCUGCCUUUUUUCUUACAAUUGCAAGUUAGUGUCUCACAAGUUACUAAAUAUAAACUGUCAAUUCUGAGGGAAAAAAUUCAGAACAGUUUUGAGUCACAAUUGCGAUAUAUAAACUCACAAUUCUGAGAAAAGUUUCAAUUGCGAGAUAUAAACACAAUUCUGAUGAAAAAAUUAACAAUUGAAAAACGUGUAAUUCUGAGAAAAAAGUAAAAAUUGUGAGAUAUAAACAAUUCUGAGGAAAAAAGGUCACAAUUGCAAGAUAUAAACUUGUAAUUCUGAGAAAAAAAGUCAGAAUUGUGAAAUAUAAACAAUUCUGAGGAAAAAAAAGUCAGAAUUGCAAGAUAUAAACAAUUUUGAGAAAAAAAAAAUCACAAUUACGAUAACUCACAAUUUUAAGAAAAAACGUCACAGUUGCAUGAUAUAAACUUGCAAUUCUGAGAAAAAAGUUGGAAUAGUAAGAUAUCAACACAAUUCUAAGGAAAAAAGUCACAUUUGCGAGAUAUAGGCCUAAACUCGCAAUUUUGUUAAAAAAGUCAGAAUUGCAAGAUAUAAACAAUUCUGAGGGAAAAAAGUCACUACUGUGAGAUAUAAACAAUUUUGAGGGGAAAAAGUCAUAAUUACCAUAUAUAAACUCGCAAUUCUGAGAAAAGUUUCAAUUGCGAGAUAUAAACACAAUUCUUAGGAAAAAAUUAACAAUUGAAAAACGUGUAAUUCUGAGAAAAAAGUAAAAAUUGUGAGAUAUAAACAAUUCUGAGGAAAAAACAUCACAGUUGCAUGAUAUAAACUUGCAAUUCUGAGAAAAAAAGUCAGAAUUGUGAAAUAUAAACAAUUCUGAGGGAAAAAAAAGUCACAAUUGCAAGAUAUAAACUCGCAAUUCUAAACAAAGAGGCAGAAUUGCAAGAUAUAAACUCACAAUUCUAAACAAAGAGGCAGAAUUGCGAGAUAUAAACUCACAAUUCUAAACAAAGAGGCAGAAUUGCGAGAUAUAAACUCCCAAUUCUAAGAAAAUAUCAGCUAUUUCCCCUCAGAACUGAACUCACAAUUACAAUUUUGAGAAAACAAAAGUGAGAAUUGCACUGUGAGAUAAAAAGUCGUAAUUACCUUUUUUAUUUUUUAUUCAGUGACGGAAAUGGGCUUCCAUACUUAACAGUUUGUCAGUUAGGACGAAAAUUACUGAGAGAAAUGCAGUAUGCAAAUGAGCAAUCAUGUAAUUACAUUUUCACAGGUGUGCAUAAUAUAACUUGAGAACUCCUUAAAAAAUGUGUUUAUGUUAUUAACUCAGUGGUUGCUAAUUAUCAGACUUGCUUGCAAAAGGUUGUUCAUUUAGCUUGUUAAUAAAACAAUAAAACUCAGCCAAUUACCAACAAUAGGCAAAAUUAGGAUUCUGUACAAAACAUGAAAAAUUAGGUUUAUUAGCUAUUGGCCUAAAUCCAAAAUAUCAUCUGUGUCAGACAUGCCCUAAAUAGCUAACCGAUUUUAGAUUACGUAUUCAAUGUUUAUGACAAUAUUAGCCAGUAUUUUGAGAUGGAAAUCUACAUUUAUGUCUGUAGUACCUCUCCUUAUGAACGUCCUGUCGUGCUCCUCCACUCUCAACAGGUGCUACAACCAAACCACUCAAUGUGCCAAUGAAAAACAUUCCCUCCUGUGACCUCUGCAGUAUAUACUUAAUGUAUUGGGAUGUGACUGUCAACCAGUGCUUAUAUAUGAUGAUACGAGAAUCUUUGAUUUGCACUUGUUUUGAGAGGCACUUUAAUUACGUGAGGACUAUUCAACUGAGGAAAUAAGUGCAAUGUUGUAUAAUUUAUUUUGUAUGUAAAAACGUCCUUAACUGACAGUACGCUAAUGUAGACACGUGUUUAUAGUGUUUCCAGACACCUUGUCAAGAGAUGUUCCUAAAUGCACUUGUCAAAAGUGUAAAUAUGCCUUGUGACUUGUUAGGCUUGGUGUACACUUCAAAUUGUGAAUGUGAUGUAGUCCUUUCCUAUCUGAAAUACUUUGUGGUACUUAGGAAUGGAAAACUGCCGAACGGUGUAUGAUACAGAUUCAUAAUGUUCCUUAAUGUAAUAAUAGGCUACUUUAAGAAUAGGAUCUAUGAGGAUAACUGUAAUCCAUCUUUAAUGACCAAACUCCAUUGCUGGUUCCUACCAGACAUAUUAUCAUCAUCAGUUUGUACAAGGCUACCUCUCUUUACAGAACCUCAUGGUUGAAAUCACAAACGAGUCCGUUUAUCUGCUCAAUUCCAGAUGCCAUAUCAUUCGUGCCAGUAAAUGAGGUAUGAUUAUCGCAAUUAAUAACAUUUUGACCAGCCAUGAUAAUUGUUACAGUGCUGAUAGACAGAUUGCAAGAGGACAUUAUCCAUUAAUCUACACGCAGUGCAUCCGUGUCUAAAUGAGAAUCUAAAUAUGUAUAUUUCCAAGCUCAUUAGUCACACUACGAUUUACACCAGAAACAAAUAUGUCAAAGCUUAAUAUCCAUGUUUCUCACCCCCCAAAUUCUUCACCUUAAAAGGACAGUUCAUCCAAAAUGGAAAAUUCUGAUAUUUAUGCACCCUUAUGACUUGCUUUCUUCUGUAACACAAAAGAAGAUAUGUUUCUGUGCAUUUAAUGAAAGGCUAUGGGGUCCAAACAAUGUUGGUUUGGACCCCACUGAACUUCAUUGUGUGUACACAUUUUUCAAAACAUCUUCUGAAGUGCGAAAUUCAUAAUUUUUGGGAGAGCUGUCACUUUAACUGUGAGAAUUGAGUUGUCCUGUCACUUUUAGUUUUAAAACAGAGUAUUAUAUAUAUAAUAUGUAAUUACUAACAAACAUGCAUCCUUAUUCUAACAUAUUAUUACUCUUGUGCUUUGAGGAUUGGGGUACAGGGUGAGCAAAACGUGUUAAAUAUGCAGGCCGAAAGUGCAUUAUGGGAUUUUUGUGCCUCAUUGCGCAGUAUUUAACCUGACAAAUAUAUACCACUGCAUACUACGCAUGUUUUUUAAACUACAGGUUUUAGUGUAUGUACAUAACCUUUUUGAUAAGGAGAGCGACUUCCAGCCCCACCUCUCUCUAUUUAUCCACAUAAAUGUUUUACAGAGAAUUUUCUUACAAGGGCUUUAGUUUGCAAAUUAAGUUUUGUGUUUACGUAAGACAUUAUUUGCACUGCAACAGCUGCAAGGGUCUGGAAGCAUCCUGGUUAAAUUGGUUAACGAGUAAUUUGAGGUCCAAAGUUGGAUUAAAAUUUGAUGCAAGUAAAGUGAAUCUAUAACUAAAUUGUAGUGAAAAGCACACGACAGAAGAUUACCAAAGAAUGCUGCUUUAGAAAUUUACUUCUAAUACUAUAUACAAAUUCCAUAGUAGAUGGGUAUAGCUGUUGAACUGGAAUAAACAAAUAAAAAAAUAGUGCAAUAUAAUACAACAAAACAUUUCAUGAGCAAUUAAUAUGAAUAAACAAUACAAAAAAGUAACAUUGCAAGCCCAACCAAAUUAUUUAGACUUGUGUUCAGUGGCUAAACAUAAGCUUAAAAUCAUGUGCUGUGCUGUUCUAUAUUAAGCUGUUUAACAAGAUUCUUGUUCUGCUCCACAGUAAAAGUGAACUGAUCACACCCUUGUGUUUAUGUCUUGUUACUGAUAAUAAAUAUAUAACACGUAAUCAUUUAUAAAA